ACACUGAACGAAGAUAACACGGAGAGACGUCACUCACUUCAGUGCGUGCGUGCAGGAAGAAGCAGCAUCUCUCUCUUUCUUCUCCCCUCUUUUUCUUUUAUUCCUAAAAACAAGUCAGACCAGUCUGUUUUUUUUUUAUUUUUCUUCUUUUAUAUUUGGCUUAUCGUUUUAACUGGUACCAGCAUGCCUGUCAUCAGAACCAUCAGCAAGGUUGCCAAGCAGGCUCUGCUCAGCACCCCGGGGUGCGGCUGCCAGCCGGUAACCGUGGCUGUGCGUAACAUCAGCUUCUCCCCUCGGCAGGUCACUUCUGACGCAAGCUUCCACUCCGUGUCCUUCUCAGAAACGGACCACCCCAAAGUGCUCAUCACAGGUGGCCUGGGACAACUUGGAGUUGGCCUGGCCAAGCUGCUGAGGAAGCGGUUUGGAAAGAACAAUGUCAUUCUGUCCGACAUAAGGAAACCUCCUAGCAAUGUUUUUCACAGUGGCCCCUUCAUCUACUCAGACAUCCUGGAUUAUAAGAACCUGCGGGAAAUCGUGGUGAACAACCGGAUCACUUGGCUGGUUCACUACAGCGCCCUCCUCAGUGCUGUUGGCGAGGCUAACGUGGCUUUGGCGCGCUCUGUUAACAUCACUGGGCUUCACAACAUCCUGGACAUCGCCGCGGAGCACGGCCUGCGGCUCUUUGUUCCCAGCACCAUUGGUGCUUUCGGUCCUUCUUCCCCCCGAAACCCCACUCCGGACCUGUGUGUGCAGAGACCUCGCACCAUCUACGGGGUUUCCAAAGUUCACGCUGAGCUGAUGGGCGAGUAUUAUCACCACCGUUAUGGGCUGGACUUUCGCUGCCUUCGCUACCCAGGAAUCAUCUCAGCUGAUUCGAUGCCAGGAGGUGGUACAACAGACUAUGCCGUCCAGAUUUUCCACGACGCAAUCAAGAAGGCAAAGUUCGAGUGCAACCUGAGACCGGACUCGCGGCUACCCAUGAUGUACAUCGACGACUGUCUGCGCGCCACGCUGGAGGUGAUGGAGGCUCCAGCUGACGCGCUGAGCAUGAGGACGUACAACAUCAACGCCAUGAGCUUCACGCCCGAGGAACUGGCCCAGGAGCUCCAGAAGCAGAUGCCAGAGCUGGAGGUCACGUACGACAUCGACCCAGUGCGACAGGCGAUUGCUGACAGCUGGCCGAUGAAUUUCGAUGACUCCAAUGCACGGAAGGACUGGGGCUGGAAACACGAUUACGAUCUCCCAGAGCUGGUUCAGACGAUGCUUAACUACUUUGGCGUGGAAACUCGCAUGGCCAGCGCUAACUGAGCUGCCACAAUGCUAUGUAUUUAUGUUCUUUGUACAUAAUGUGAAGAUUGACCAAAGAGAGUAGAGAAACACGGCCUGUAUAUAGUAGUUCUCUCGAUUCUCUAAGCAAAAAAUCCGAAAAGGCCCUGCUCGCCUGUGACUUAGCCACCUCGUCAACAGAGCGUAAAGCUCAGUGCGGGCAAGACAAUCCUCCUUGAUCUUUUACAUCCACACCUGCUUUGCUCGCUCUUCCUUGUUCUGAUUAGACAUUAAAAGCUGUCUCUCAGCGGAAGGGUCUUGCCAGCGUCAGGGUCAACAACUUGGCCUUUAUGCAAACCUCUCAAGAAGACUAAAAGGAUGACUCGUGUGUUGAGGGGAAUGCACAAAAUUUCACAACUUCUCUUUCUGGAAAUCAAGAAAACAGAAAACGGGGGCAGAGGGAUUUUCUUUGUGCAUUUCUACACAGUAUUUUCCAAUGUGCAUAAGGGCUAGAUUUUUAACGAUUGUCUAAAUCUAAGGGAUUAAGGCUUGAAGCUCUUAGGGCUAAAAUCAACAAAGAGGUGCAUCCAUUUGUUACUCCUUGUUGGAAAAAAAAGAGCAAAUAAGCCAAAACGUGCAGGGAUGAUUGAUGCAGUGCAGCUCUAAAACUCCUUUUGAACUAUUUCUAUUUUUUCUUCAUUUAUUAUUUAUUCUGUCCCUGUUAAAUGGAAAGCUUUGUUGCCUAAAAGCAUUUAAUGCUCUCGUUUCUUUUUGCUUCUGUUAUUUAAUGUUUUUCACCAGCUUUCAUACUAUUUUGUCACAACAGGGAAAUGUGACUGCGAAUGUCACUUCAACACUUAUCUCUACAUUUGGUGAUUUCUGUUAAAGAAAUUAUUUUGUGUGAGAAUGAUUGUUUUUUUUCAAUCACAAAACCUGCUUUGACAAUAAACUUUUUUCCAUAUA